AUGGGAAACCGCGCUUCGAAGCUGAAGAGGCGCACGGCGGAAGACCAAAAGCAUAAAACCAAACCCGUCUUCUUGACUCGCUCAGAAAUCAACCAAAAGCCCUCAGAAUCCUUCCCCGACGCAAGCAAAGGCCGUCUAAUCUGGACGACUCUCCUCUCCUCAGGCCUCACAGCCUCAGAAAAACUCACAGCAGGAAUCGCAACCUGUCCACCAAGCGUAGGAUUCCUCGGGCAUCAUCGCCACGAGCAAGCCGAGUUGUACUUCAUCUUGGAAGGCGAAGGGCUGAUGAAAGUCGAUGAUGUCGAGCGUAGAGUCGAGAGGGGUGGACUGGUCUUCAUUCCGGGAAAUGCGGAGCAUGGCAUUUCGAACUUGAGUGGUGAGAAAGACCUUGUGUGGCUGUAUUGUUUUCCGACGGAUCGGUUUGAGGAUGUGGUGUAUAAGUUCUCGAAUGAAUGGCGUGUCGGGUAUCGUUGA